AUGGAGUUCCUAUCCAAAUACUCGGACUGUCUGUCUAACUGGCAGUUCCAUGUGACCCCUGGCCCGCAGGCCGUGGCUGCGCUUGGUCUGCUGUCCACCGGUGCUUUCUACAUUGUCUGGAAGGCGUUGACCUUUAUUCGCGUCAUCCUGAGUCUGUUUGUGCUUCCUGGAAAGCCUCUCCGCUCGUUCGGUCCCCAAGGCAGCUGGGCCGUAGUCACCGGAGCAUCCGAUGGCCUAGGAAAAGAAUUCGCCCUCCAACUCGCCCGCUCCGGCUUCAACAUCCUCCUCGUCUCCCGCACGGCCUCGAAGCUAGCCAUCCUGGAAGAUGAAAUCAAAGCCAAGAACCCCUCCGUGCAAACCAAAAGCGUGUCAAUGGACUACGCCCAGAACAACGACGCCGACUACGCGAACCUCAAGGCCGUUAUCGACGAACUCGACGUCGCAGUCCUGAUCAACAACGUCGGCAAGUCCCACAGCAUCCCCGUCCCCUUCGCCCUGACCCCCGAAGAUGAAAUGAACGAUAUCAUCACCAUCAACUGCACGGGUACCCUGCGCACCACGCAACUCGUCGUCCCGGGAAUGGCCCAGCGCAAGCGCGGCUUGAUCCUAACUAUGGGCUCGUUCGGCGGUCUCCUCCCCACCCCGCUCCUGGCAACGUACUCCGGCAGCAAGGCCUUUUUGCAGCAGUGGUCGACAGCCCUGGGCGCGGAGCUGGAACAGCACGGUGUUACUGUGGAACUCGUGCAGGCGUAUCUGAUCACAUCGGCCAUGUCGAAGGUGCGCAAGACCAGCGCGACGAUUCCGGACCCCCGCGCGUUUGUCAAGUCCGUUCUGGGCAAGAUUGGACGGAAUGGUGGGUCGCCGGGGUAUGCGUAUAGCUCGUCGCCGUACUGGAGUCAUGGACUCAUGGCGUGGUUUCUGACUUGUGUUGCUGGCGUUAUGAACAAGACUGUGCUUGGGCAGAACAAGGGCAUGCAUGAGUCGAUUCGGACGCGGGCGUUGCGCAAGGCCGAGCGCGAGAAGGGGAAGAAGGCUACUUAG